UGUGAGUGUUGGAACACCUAUAUUUUAAACUAGAAGUGGUAAAUAUAUGUGGUUUUCAGGAAAUUUUAAGCCCAAGGGAAAGACUGCGCUUAUCCUAGGCGCCUCUCAGGGAUUGGGUGCAGAUCUUGCAUUGAAAUUGUAUCAAGAAAAUUGUUCGGUAAUUCUUGUAGCGCGUACUGAACUGAAAUUAAAAGCACAAGUUGAGACUAUUAGAGGCACUUCCAGCAAAGAAAGCCAAACAACGGCAAACUAUAUACCCUGCGAUGCAUCUGAUUAUAAUUCAUGUGUCGAACUCUGGAAAAAUGUUUACAGUGAGGGCUGGGACCCAGACUAUAUCUUUUGUUGUGCUGGAUCAUCCAUUCCAAAAUUAUUUGGUGAUUUAAGUGGAUCUGAAUUGAGCAUGGGGAUUACUACAAAUUAUCUGACAACUUUAAACCUCAUCCAUUCUGGGUUUAAGGAAGUCAAACAAAAAUUAGAAGGUGGUACGACACCAAAACCUCGUCAUAUUAUUUUAUUUCUGUCUGUAGUGUCAUUCUUCCCAUUUAUUGGAUACGCUCAAUAUGCUCCGAUGAAGGCAGCUAUACAAUCACUUUCGAUUAUUUUGCGCCAAGAGUUGGGCCCUUUCAAUUAUAGAGUCUCCUGUGUAUUCCCUGGAAAUUUCCAAAGUGAAGGAUUCGACGAGGAACAAAAGACAAAGCCAGAAAUCACUAAAACUAUAGAGGGCCCCAGUAGCCCAAUCCCUGGACCAGAGUGUGCGCAGAUUGUAUUGAAUAAGCUUGACCAAGGCUAUGAUACCAUCACCACUGAUGCCAUUGGCUGGCUCCUAGGAUGUUCUGUACUUGGUGUAUUGCCAAGAACUUGGGGUUUCUUACAAGUUCUUGUAAGUUUAGUUUUCCUGAUCAUUGCACCAAUCGCUAACUGGGUAAUAUAUAGAGAUAUUGUCAAGUAUUUUGAUAAGGAAAAGCGAGCAUAAAUUGAUAUUAAUGAGAGAGAUAUAAUAAAUAGUAAUAGUAUACCUUAAUUGAAUUUGUAUUGUAAUACAUUCGAUAGAAUUGAGAUAUCAAACAAAUUCGUAUCAUUUCGUUGUGCCUGAAAUGGACCUUUCGGUGAGGAUCUGCUCUUUUUCCACAAAAAAUGAGUUCACCGAUAGAGUUUAGCUCCACAUUACAAUUUCAUGAUCUUAAAUAUUGUACAUUUCUACUUACU